AUGACGGACACUGACGACAAGAAGCCUGUCGCAGAGAUGACGUUCGAGGAGCGCACCUACGCCUACGCCAGGGCCUGGGCGCAGAUGAGCAGGCGGGAUUUCCUCAAGACCGGGGCGGCGCUGGGCGGCGCCGCAGCGUUCGCGGGCCUCGGCAUGCCGCGCGCCCACGCGGCCAAGCCGGGCGGAACGCUGCGCAUCGCGCGCGGGCAGGAGUCCGACACCCUCGAUCCGCAGAAGACCACGCUGCUCGUCGCCCACGAGAUCAUGUGGCAGGUCUACGACUCGUUGGUCUAUCUCGACGAGAAGGGCACGGUCUAUCCAGGCCUCGCCACCAGCUGGGAGUUCUCCAACGAGGGCAAGACGGUCACCCUCAAGCUCAGGGAGGGCGUCAACUUCCACGACGGCUCGCCGUUCAACGCCGAGGUCGUCCGCUGGACCGUGGAACGCCACCUUGCCGACACCACGGCCUCGCCCACCUCGUGGAUGCUGGGCCCGAUCGCGGGCACCGAGGUGAUCGACGACAUGACCAUCGCCUAUCACUACACCGAUCCCUUCGUGCCGCUCUGGGUGGGGCUCGGCUAUUCCUACUGCGCGCCCAUCAGCAAGGCCGCCGUCGAGGCGCAGGGCGAUGCCUUCGGCCGCAACCCCAGCGGCACGGGGCCCUUCAAGUUCGUGCGCUGGGAUCCGGACCAGGGUAUCGAGCUCGUGCGCAACGACGAGCACAAUUGGGCCACGCCCUGGUACAGCAACGAGGGGAACGCCUACCUCGAGCGCGUCGAGUAUGUGGUGAUACCUGAGGACGCGACCCGCCUCGCCGCGCUGCUCAGCGGUGACGUGGACUGCAUCUCGGGCACCGAUGCGGUACCGGUCGACAAGCUGCGCCAGAUCGAGGCGACGGAGGGAUACAAGACCUACAGCCGGCCUGCCGUCGGCGUCUUCUUCGCGAUGAUGAACCAGAAGAUGGCGCCGAUGGACGACGUGCGCGUCCGCCAGGCGAUCAACUAUGCGGUCAACCGCGAGAAGAUCAUCGCGCUGGUGCUGGACGGCCAGGGCCAGUCCGCCUUCAGCCCGGUGGCGUCGUCCUACGGCCAGUACAACGCGGAGACCGAGACCUACGGCUACCGCCACGACCCCGAGAAGGCCAAGGCGCUCAUGGCCGAGGCGGGGCUCGCGGACGGCUUCUCCAUGACCUACCUCAACAUCGAGAGCCCGGCCUACCGGCGCGUCGCCGAGGUGAUUCAGGAGGACCUGUCGCAGAUCAACAUCUCGAUGGAGAUCCAGUCCUACCCGGUGGCGGAGUGGUUCGCGCUCGGCGGCGAGGGCAAGUUCCACGCGAGCUUCUUCUACUACACCUACAGCGACCCCGAUCUGAUCCAUCCCAUGAUGCUGACCAACGGGUCCUACAACUGGACCUUCUCGGAGAACGCCGAGAUGGAUGCGCUGAUCGAAGCCCAGCGUAUCGAGUUCGACGCGGCGGAGCGCACGCGGCAGAUUCAGAAGAUCCAGGAGAUUGCGGUGAAGGAUGCCUACUGGCUCUACCUCUAUGAGGGCACCUACGUCGCCGCGAUGAAGGAAGAGGUGCAGGGGCUGGAGCUUAACCUCGUGGGCUUCCACCACCUGCAGGACGUCUGGCUCGACGUCUGA